AUGUCUCUCUUGAACCAUGGCGUCCGGUUGGACAUGUUCACUGACAUCAUGGCAGGCUCCGAGCAGUCCUCCUCGCCGUUGGGCUCUCGCUCCGGCUCUGCUUCAGGAUCAGGAUCAGGAGCAGGCCCAAGGCUGUCCUUGUUCAAUGCAAAUACGAGUACAACGCCUGGCGCACCUGCACCUGCAUCCGCAAAUGUAUCACCCUACUCGCACUCACACUCGCACUCGCACUCAAAUUCGCGCUCGAGCCGUUUCGCUUCUGUGAAGAGGUACCUUCGAUCAGGUUCGGAUCUCGUUAGGAGCAGGAGCAGGAGCAAGAGCAAGUCCAGAAACGAGUUUGUUCUCUCCGUCGACGAGACUGUCAGCCCUACGACUCCCGCUGCCGGCGGAACUCCAGGACUUGCCAGGAGCACAAACGGAGAGGCUAGACUUCGCUCCUCCACUGUCCCUGCGUCGCAGUCUUGGUUUCGCGCAGACUCUUCGCCUGAGGUUCUACAUUCGAUACUACUAGACGACAGAUACGCCAGCCUCCCACUGCCCACGCCUCCCCUCCCCUUUCCACGACCCCGAGGAUCCUCACUUUCGCGACAGCAGACAGUUCCUGUUUCUGCUCCAUUGUCUGCUUCUACACCUGCUUCUGCUUCGGCAACCAGUACACCGCUACCUCUCUCGCCUCCGCUCUCGCCCACGACUGAGCAAACUCCGCCACCUACUCCUGCUUCACCUUAUGGACGCUCGCAGGAACAUUUACUCGCCUCGCCACUAUUGCCUGCACUGCCGAACCUCGCGUAUCCGCCAACGUCCAUUCUCUCCCGACUGAGUGAAAGCGAACCGUCCAACUGUUCCUCCAUGGCUUCCACCAGACGCCCUUCCUCCUCCAGGGGAGGUGACUCUGCCGGGAACCAAACCACCAUCACCGGUAGUAGCUUGCCCAUGCACUCGCAUUCUCAGUCGCAAUCACUGUCUCAACCACAGCAACAGCAACAGACGCAAAAUGGGACGAGUGCGACUGCAGGCCCAACAAAUCUCUCGGGUCUGGUGUGCAAUGUCCACCGCACCACCGGUCGAGAGCCGCACGCCCUCGUCGGCGCCACAACUACGAUCCUAGGCGACAAACUAUAUGUCUUUGGCGGCCGGCUACUAUCUAGAGCUCGACCAGAGCUUACCUCUGACCUCUACGAGCUAGACCUGAUCAAAAGACACUGGACAAAAAUCCACCCCACUGGUGAUGUGCCUCCUCCACGAUACUUUCAUAGCAUGUGCCCGCUGGGCGACACUAAGCUCGUCUGCUACGGCGGUAUGUCCCCGCGAUCUGCCGUCGCCGGACACCCGCCUACCAACGUCAGUUCCUCCCAUUCAGCAGGGCAGGAAGCUCAGCCUGAAGUUGUUGUCAUGUCAGACGUGCACAUUUACGACGUCGUAACCAGGACAUGGACCCAUAUCAAUACUGCAAACACUCCUCAGGGACGAUACGCCCAUUGCGCAACUAUCCUCCCGUCUUCGGCGCCAUUCGUUUCCGCCAAUGCUCCCAUGACAGCUAUACACAAUAACCCGUCAACCUCCACUUCAAAUCCGCACCAAGGUUCCAUCGGUGUAGAAAUAGACGGUUAUGGAGGCGCUGAGAUGGUCGUCGUCGGUGGCCAGGAUAGCUCAAAUCACUACAUCGAACAAAUAAGUGUGUUCAACCUUCGGAGCUUGAAAUGGACUGCCACUAGCCCGCUGGGCCGCAGUUGCGGUGCAUACCGUUCUGUCGUCGUCCCGCUGGCGGGGAUGUCAGUCAAUGAUCUGGGCGCUGAAAGGACUGAUAAAGAUAUGGCAAACGUUAGUAACAACCACGACGCAGCAGGGAUGCCUGGCUCGUCAAUGCUGAUCUAUUCAAAUUAUAACUUCCUCGAUGUGAAAUUGGAACUUCAAGCUCGCCUUCCCGAUGGGAAACUUGUUGAAAAGGCCAUGGAUACCUCUGUUUCUCCACCGGGACUACGUUUUCCUAACGGUGGCGUUAUUAAUGGCCAUUUCGUCGUCAGCGGCACCUAUCUCACUGCUUCUAAACAGGAAUAUGCUCUAUGGGCGCUUGACCUAAAGACCAUGACAUGGGGCCGCAUUGAUGCUGGUGGCUCCAUAUUUUCAAGUGGUAGCUGGAACCGUGGUAUUAUCUGGAACAGAAGAAGCACUUUCGUUAUUCUGGGACACCGCAAGAGAAAUCUCGUGGAAGAUUAUAAUCAUCGCCGCAUUAACUUUUCGCAUAUAUGCAUGGUCGAGCUGGAAGCCUUUGGUCUCUACGAAAACCCCAGGAGAGCUGCGCCCACAUCUGGAUAUAUGUCCGUGAGUGCGCCUCCUCUGCGUCCGGCCUUGCAGCCAAAAUUCUCAAUUCAGUGUUCCGGCGGGCGACCUUUAUCGGCAGCGGCAGAGAAGUUGGGUCUAAUGGCACAAGCAUGUACUGAGCUAGCUGACAUGGACUUGCUUACAAUUGGCGGUGAACGUAUCCCCGUCAGCUCUCACGUCCUUUCUCGCCGAUGGGGACCUUACUUUGUCCAACUGCUUUGCGAAGCUACAGCAGUAGCCGGGGAUAGUAUCAACGAUGCAGCAACGCUGCGCCAGCCCAACGCUGCGUUAAAUAGUCGAAAUUCGACAAUUACCAUCACUCCAUCCCUGAGCACUGCCAGCCAGUAUUCUACCGCCACAACCUUGGUUAACACAAUUUCGAAUAACAGCAACAAUACGUCCAUGGGUGGAGCCAUAAACAACGUCAACAGUCAUAAGGAUACCGGCGGGCGGCCACCAGGAUCUUCUUCAUCCGCCUCUUCUUGCCUAUCCCGAGCAUCUCAUCUUGAUAUCCCAUCUGCACACAGCCUUCCACCAGCCGUACGGCCUCGAACUCUCUAUUUACCUCACACUUACCUCACCAUUCAGCUUCUAGUUCACUAUCUCUACACCUCCUCUCUUCCCCCAGUAGGCUCUGCACUCUGUACGCCUCAAAUCCUCUGCUCCCUCCUUCAACUCGCUCGACCGUACCAGGUUGAUGGCCUUCUGGAAGCCACUGUGGAACGCCUGCACCAAGUCCUUGAUGGCCGCAACGCCGCUGCCGUUUUCAACGCUGCCGCCAUGGCUGCUGGUGGAGGCCGCGGUACCAACCUUGCGCUCGCAUUUGACGGAACUAUGGAUUCUCUCCACGAUACACAUUCCCGCUCAUAUAGCCACUCGCACUCCCGCUCUCAGUCAAGCGUAGCUGACUACCGUCGCCCAAGCACAGCGGCAGACGGCAUAAGCUCGUUUAAUUCAUCGGACGCCGAAUCCAUAGACAGACCUAACACCGCCAGCAGCACUGCCUCUGUCUCCAGUGGCACCGCAGGACGUUCCUCAAGCUCUCAACGACCCGCAAACCUCCGUAUCAACACCAACUUUAGUAACGGUAGGAACCGCGCCGAAUCAGCUGAAAACACUAGUAUACCCAACUCUGCAUCUACCAGCAAUAGUGGCGGUGGUCUAGGAUAUCCCGAGGCCGAGCUAGCACAGCAUGACCAACGCGGCCGAAUGAAGGUCAGCCGAGAUGUUUGGACAGCUAAUAUCAGCAGCGUUGUUGGCUUGCAGAAGCGUGGUCUUAGAGGACUUAUGGAAGGAAGACGAACGAGAGAGAGAGGCGCUAGCACUGCCGACACCCAGGACCAGAAUACUGGAGUUAUACCCGUUAAAAUGGGACUAGGCAUAUCCUAA